AUGGCAGAUCGUUUAGAUAUAGUAAUAUUUGGCGCCACUGGAUAUACUGGAAAAUAUGUAGUGAAAAAUGCAACUCAUAUGUGUAAGGAUGGGAAAAUAAAGUUUGGUAUUGCUGGUCGUAGGAAAGAAGCUUUAGACGCAGUUGUAAAGGAAUUUGUUUUAGAUAAUGUGCCUAUUAUUCUGGCUGACGUAAAAGAUGAGGAAUCUCUCAAGAAAAUGACAGAGCAAGCAAAAGUACUUAUCAAUUGUUGCGGUCCAUACAGAUUUUAUGGAGAACAAGUUGUUAAAGCAUGCAUUGCUACUCGCACUCAUUAUGUUGAUGUCACUGCUGAAGAACAGUUUAUGAUUGAAAUGCAAUUAAAAUAUAACGAAGCAGCAAAAGAAGCUGGCGUUUACAUAGUAACCGCUUGUGGCAUGGACUGUAUUCCUAGUGAUUUGGGAGUCAUUUUUACUCAACAGAAAUUUGAAGGAGAAAUCAAUGCUAUUGAAGUAUACAUGGGCGUGUGGUUAAGCUCUACUGAUACGAAAGGUCCAGUGUGUAAUUAUGGAACUUGGGAAUCUUUUGUAUACAUUCUUGCUCAUGCAAAAGAAUUACCGGAAUUACGCAGAAAAUUAUAUCCUACCAAGUUGCCUGAAUUCACACCAAAAUUAAAAUCAAGAUGUAUAGUACAUCGAAGCAAUGUUUCUGAAGGAUGGUCCACACCAUUUCCGAGUGCCGAUCGUUCAGUAAUUUGUCGUACACAACGAUUUUUAUAUGACAAGUACAAACAAAGGCCUGCGCAAGUUAAAUUUUAUGCUACAUUGAAGUCUUUCCUCGAAUUCCUGAUGAUGGCGAUUGGCAGUAUACUUUUCUUAUUUUUGUCUCGCUUCGCAUGCGGUCGUAAUUUACUUCUAAAACAUCCUGCUCUAUUUUCGUUCGGUUACGCAAGUCACAAAAGCCCGAAUCCAGAAAUACACAAAUCGACACAUCUUGCUGUUACGUUCAAAGCUAGUGGAUGGACUGAAAGAUUGGCUAAACCUACUGAUAAACAUACAGAUCCACCUAAUAAGAAAGUAAUCACAAGAUUCUCUUGUGAUUCUCCUGGAUAUGAGUUUACUGGCGUUGCAGUCAUGUUAUCGGCAAUAAUAAUUCUUAACGAAAUUGACAAAAUACCUGACAACGGAGGAGUACUUACUCCCGGUGCUGCGUUCGGUAGAACAUCUCUGAUCGAGCAACUGAUAAAACAUAAUUAUAAAUUCGAGGUGAUAUCGUCUACUUAUGUCAAAAAUCGAACGAUCGACGCCGAAAGAUUGUCAAUCAUGAACGGAGUAUCUAGCAAGUGCGCGAAGCUAAAAAUGUACGAUGGCGAAGAUGACAACUCGAUAAUGAUCAAGAAACCUUUACCAUUGAGGGCGGUUUCGUGGAGUGACACCAUCGAAGAAACCGAUUUAGACGUUCCCGGAACACCUAGAACACCACGGACUUCCACGACAAAAGGUCACGAAAAAUGUAUGUUUCAUCACGAUAUGGAGUUGGACCACCGACCACCCACGCGAGAAUCGAUGAUACCGGAAAUGUCUCGAAGUUACAAGCUGCUCCUGAGUUCGUUGGGCGAAGAUCCGGAACGACAGGGACUUCUGAAAACGCCGGAACGCGCUGCGAAGGCCAUGCUUUUCUUCACGAAAGGAUACGAUCAGAGUCUCGAUGAUAUAAUUAAUGACGCGAUAUUCGAUGAGGAUCACGACGAGAUGGUAGUAGUAAAAGAUAUCGAGAUGUUCUCCAUGUGCGAACACCAUUUGGUACCAUUUUACGGCAAGGUGUCGAUCGGUUACCUUCCUUGCAAGAAGGUAUUAGGCCUCAGCAAACUCGCCAGAAUCGUGGAGAUCUUCAGCAGACGACUCCAGCUGCAGGAACGACUCACGAAGCAAAUUGCGAUAGCGGUCACUAAGGCUGUGCAGCCUGCAGGAGUAGCCGUCGUGAUUGAAGGAGUGCAUAUGUGCAUGGUGAUGCGGGGUGUGCAGAAGAUCAACAGCAAGACAGUGACCUCGACGAUGCUGGGCGUGUUCCGGGACGACCCGAAGACCCGCGAGGAGUUUCUGAACCUGGUGCACAACAAGUAAACGGUCGAGUCGCGUCGCGGUGUCAUUAUCGUCGGCCACCGUGGGACCAUUAGAUUUCAACACCCCGACUGCUCUCCGACAUCCGACCGCUACCUCGUUGCGAAGCCCUCGUCUCGGGAUCGUUGUCGUCGCCGCCACCGCAAAAGUUAUCCCACCUGCUUACAUUCCAUUUGUUCCUUGAAAAACAAAAUCACACGCAUGUGUUGUAUGCCGACCUCGACGACGGUUCACAUGCUUCCGUAUCGUAAAUGCGAUAGAGAAAGUUCAAGGGCGAACGCUUUCUGGGACCAAGAUAGCGCGAUAGCGGAUGGUGGAGACGAUGCUCGACGCGCGCGUCGAUGCUCCCGCGCUGAUAAGGAAUGCGCUCAAACUGCUGAUCGAGUGACACUGACAAUAGCGACUACUACUGACGCGCCGUGGUCAUUCACGAAGACGUUCCGCACGUCUUUCGGAAUGACUACGACGCGGAUGGCUCGCGAGCGAUUUAUCGCGUCGCGAUGGAGACGGCGAGCGACGUGCAUUUCGGCGCAAAGGGACGGCGAAAAAAAAAAAUAGCGGUUUAAUUCGAAGACGAAUUAUUCAAUGCGAUAACACGUCUGG